AUGUCUCCUCCGUUAUUUCAGAACCUCCUCUCUGGGACACUUCCUGAUCACUGUGAACCGACCUCGCUCUUCCUGACCGCCGUCUCCUCGCACCUCCACAUCUGCAUCCCCACUCCUCUUGCGGCGAUCUCUUCCGUUCUUGGGACCCUCAGCAUAGUCUCAUGGCUUUUCGCACAACUACCUCAGAUUUAUAAGAACUUCCAAGUGCAAUCGACGUCAGGCUUAUCGAUAUUUUUCUUGGUAAUCUGGUGUCUUGGUGAUGCGAGCAAUCUCGUUGGAGCGCUAUACACCCGGCAGGCAGGGUGGCAGGUCGUGAUUGCCAGUUAUUACGUCUUGGUUGACAUCACUCUGGUAUUCCAGUUCUUCUGGUACACCCAUUACAAAGCCCGCCAAAAUGAUUCGUAUAACAACCUGUCACACUCGCAUGACUCGUCUCGUCGAGACAUCAUUCAAGGCGUGCCUCCUCCAGGCCACGACUCAGACCCUCAGACCCCAGCUCCCAUCAACAUGGACAACAAGCACUCCGAGGCCAAGGAUGUGGGCUUCCCGGCCGGGUCAGUACUCAACUCGAUCCAUGGGCAAACAGCCUCAUACUCAAACGAGAAAUUGAGCUCCUCGCGUCGAUCCGUGAGGAUGGGGAGCAGCGCGCAGAGCCCGCCAUUCGCACUGCCCCGGACGAUGCUCAUGGCAUCACUCCUCUGUGCCGUACUCGCCAACGCUGCUCCCACCGAUAAGCCUCAUCCUCCCAUUUCCGAAGCACCGCGGGAAGCCAUCUUCGAGAUCAUCGGCCGCGUCUUCUCCUGGAUGUCAACAAUCCUGUAUCUCGGCUCACGCCCUCCACAGCUAUACAAGAACUACCAGCGCAAGAGCACCGAAGGUCUCUCCCCAUUACUCUUCAUGGCCGCCUUCUGUGGGAACCUGUUCUACUCCAGCUCGUUGCUCACCAACCCGAAUGCUUGGUCCGAUUUCUCUCCAUACGGCGGCGGCGGCUGGGCCGAUAACCACGGCAAUGACCGAUUGGAAUGGAUCGGACGUGCUACCCCAUUUUUCCUCGGUGCCUUCGGUGUAUUGGGACUGGACGGGUUCAUGGGCGUUCAGUUUCUCAUGUAUGGCGAUGGUCCAGAGCACGAGGAUGACGAGAGUUUCAUCAGCGGCGAUGGGGAUGACCAAAAGCGCGGUCGCGGUCGCUGGAGGCAUGUUCACGGCUGGAUGCGCGGCUGGAUCCCCUCUGCUUCGCCUCGGAGGGACUCAGGAGAAUCUUCGGUCCCGCAAGAGGGACAGGCUCUGUUGGGCGUAGGGCGUAACCUAUACGGCACUGUUUGA